GAUCGCUAAUUGAUACCGGGCAAAGUCCAACAUUAAUAUGUCACCAAUAAAUGAUGCAUUUCAUGUGGGUUGGUAUAGACCGUCACUCUAAAUUUCUCAUACGUACUACAAAUAUGACAUUCUGAAAAGCGUAGACGUAUUAGAUACUGCCACUAUAAGACAAGACGUAGCCCAUUUUAGAUCUGGAAUUUCUGGAAGUGUGUGACUGGAAUAUCGUUUAUAAAUAUCAUUUUUAAUCGAAUUACUAAAUGAAUAUUACAGAGGACUUCUUCAAAAUGGACUUACAAAGGACUAGCAUUCUUAUCUGAGGAGCCAUUCUCUGUAGCGAGUGUAGUUAAUGUAAGGGAGGACCAUUAGUCCAUUUUCCACUGACACCAGACGAGUAGUUUGAGAAGCGAUACAAGGUAAAUUAUCUAAAGAACUAUGGAUGGAACGUAUAAAACAAACAAUGAUGACAGAAUACUGUUAAGGCCGCCCUCUACGGUGGGUACUCAAACCAACUUCAAUGACCCUCAGAGAGCAGCUGAACUAGAACUCGGAAUUGACAACCCCCUCGCCGUCGAGACGGAGACGACGUUACAGAACGGUCACGUAAAUGAACAAAAUGGGGGAACAUCAGAUGGCAAGGCGAGGGCGAUGUCGAAUGGCAAUGGUCAUAUUGCGGAUUCGGAUGCACUUCCACCCAAAGAGAACGAUGUCGAUGAAGAUGAUAAUCCACAAUGUGGUUGGUUUAGAUGGAGACCUCAAUGUUUACAGUGUUGUAAUAACAUCGUCGGCUACACCCUCUUCUUAUCAAUCUUCGUAAUCGCUCAGGGUAUGACGGUCAAUGGUCUAGUCUAUGUGGUCAUCACCACACUCGAACGCCGUUUUGGAUUCACCAGCGUCCGUAGUGGAUUCAUCUCCAGCAGCUAUGACUUCUCAGUCAUGGUUAUCAUCAUUUUCGUUACGUACCUCGGCGAAAAGGCGCACAAGCCAGUCUGGUUGGGUAUUGGGGCUUUCAUAUUUGGAAUCGGUUCGAUUAUUUUUACGUUUCCACAUUUUUUAAGUGGAGAGUACGAAUACCAGGAUGCCGAUUUUGAGAUGUGCGACACAAACCGAACGUCAAACGAUAUAUGUACGACGAUGGAAGUACAAGACGAGACUCUAGUCAACUUCUACGGAGUAUUCAUCUUAGCUCAGGUAUUCCAUGGUAUCGGUGCCUCACCUCUCUACACACUCGGUGUCACGUAUAUCGACGAGAAUGUGUCGUCAGCAAACUCUGGGCUCUACAUAGGUGUGUUUAAAUCAAUGGCAAUUCUGGGACCAGCAAUAGGGUACAUUGUGGGCGGACUCUUCCUUGGUCUCUAUACCGAACUACAGGCAGCAGAUGAGCUUGACAUCAGUCCUUCAGAUCCUACAUGGGUUGGUGCUUGGUGGCUAGGUUUUAUAGUAGCAGCUUUAAUAUCGUUCUCUAUCGUUAUACCAUUCCUUGGAUACAGUCGAUCAUUACCAGGUGGAAAGGCAAUUUUUGCCCAGCGUGUGGUUGAAACACAGAAAGGAACAGAAUUUGAAGCGAAGUCGGGAUGGAAAUCAAUUAUGCAAUUCCCAAAAGCUUUGUGGACACUAUUGAAAAAUCCUCCUUUUAUGUUCAACAAUUUAUCGACUGCCAUGGAAACAUUUAUACUCGUCGCUGUGGGUGUAUUUGGUCCGAAAUUCAUGGAAUCACAGUUUAAUAUGACAGCUGGAGAGGCAGCUAUAAUAGCAGGCAUCAUCGUCACACCAUCAAGUUUUAUAGGUGCUUUGUUUGGUGGCUGGGUCGUCAAGCAUUAUAAUCUCAAAUAUCGAGGCAUGAUGCGUUUCACUUUAGGUGUUCUUAUUUGCAGUUUUGCCUUCCAAUUCGUCUUCCUAAUCAGCUGCGAAAACGUAGACUUCGCUGGUGUAACGUUGAACUACGGACGAGAUCCCACAGACAUAACACCAGAGGAAGGAUCAAACGUUACUGCUACUUGUAAUGGCCAUUGUAUGUGUACCAAUAACUUCCAACCUUUAUGUGGUGAGGAUGACGUCAUGUACUACUCGCCAUGCCAUGCUGGGUGCACAGUUAAGACAUACAAUGAGGAAUCUAUAUCGCUUUAUUCUGAUUGUGACUGUAUACCGCCUACGAACACCACUGCAAGAAUCGCAGGGAAAGGUACUGGUGGUCGCUGUGAACAGGGGUGCUCUUCUCAACUUACCUUCAUUUUACUCGCCUUUGUUCUUAUUACUGUAACAUCUAUGAUAGCCGUCCCACAGCUUACUGCCACUCUACGUUGUGUCUCGCAAUCACAGAGAACAUUUGCCUUGGGAGUGCAGUCUGUUAUAUACAGGUGUUUAGGAUCUAUACCUGCACCGAUUAUCUUCGGUUCCCUCAUUGACCGAACGUGCCUAAUAUGGGAGGAUGAAUGCGAUGGCAGCCGGAACUGUUGGAUGUAUGAUAAUGCAGAGUUAUCUCGAUAUACCCUCAUCAUGAUGCAAUGUGUUAAAGGUGUGUCAAUCAUUUCCAUCAUCCUUGCUCUCGUCACCUACCGUCCAGCCAAAGAGAGCAAUGAAGAGACUGAUCCACCGAACACCAUCAGUCAGGAUGUCAUGCCGGAAAUACCCAGAGUAGAAGAUGAUCGAAUGGAUGAGAAGGUAUAAAGAGAAAAACGCAUGCGCAGCUGAUAUGCCUUGCGCGAGGUGCGCUUGCACUGCAGUAAGGUUGUUUCGUUGGAUCUGGACGAGCGUGCUGUAGCUGCCAUAGGUGAAAUAUUAUGAUGUGUACAUACUCGCGUUCCGAGACAACUCGCAGAGUAGGCCUACUGCAAGUAUUCAAGAAACGAAACAGCAAGAUUCGGUGUACUUUAUAGAAUCGCUGUUGUAAAAUGCCGAUUAGUCUCACUCUAUCAAGUAUUCUAAUCAAAUCAAGAUCGGUAGGGAACAGGCAAUGCUCCUAAUUGCUAAUGAUUAUCUGACACCCUUUCCCUAAUCUAAAGCUGAAAGUUUUUUGGCCUGGCAAAAUGUGAAUUCCGAGACUUAUAAUGACCCAAACUCCAAAGGAUCCAACACACAUUUUGACCGAGCAGAAUUCAAGGUUAGGCAUGCGAGUAUGUAUGUGUGUUUGCGAACAGACUUGGGAGGGGCAAAGUUGUUGACCGGGUUAAAAGAAGUAUUUGGUCUGCCCAAUGAGAUAACACCAAAGAAUCAUUUACCUUCCAACUCAGUAUCAACUUACCUAACAUCUAUUCAGUACAGAGUUGGCACCAACUGAGCAACAUUUUAUAAGGCAUUUCCAUUAAGUGUGAUUUUUUUUAUGUUUAUGUAUAACAAAAAACUUGUUAUUAUUAUGUUUAUGUAUAACUUUAAAAAAAGGUAGUGUAGGUAGGAAGCAGGGCGAGUAAGAAGACGUCAACGAUUAUGAAAUCUGAAUUUUAUUAUUUCAUCUCGUGAACUUUAUCAAUUCUAUCAUUUUUUUGUAUGAAUCGACUAUACUGUCUUAAUAUUUCUAAUCUGGCAUUCUUGAUGCCAUAUUCUGACAGUAUUUAUUGAUUUUUGUUAAAAUUAUACUUUUUAUAAAAAGGUUCUUAAAAGUAUAUUUAAAACUUAUGAAUUAUUUUAUUUUUAAUUUUUAUGCUCUAAGCAAAUUCCUGUGUAAAUCUAGAAUGAGAUGAAAAUUAUUUUGUAUAUAGCAUAGUAAGCGUUAAACGUGAAAUUGUGUUUUAUCUGAAAGUUGAAUGUGCUUGCUUCUGUUUAUGUUUUGUAUGUUAGACUUCAUCCCACCGUUAUGAAAGAACUAUGUUCAUAAUUAAUGUUAACUUGUAUACUUCCCUCCGAUUUUUGUUGCUGUAUGUAAAUCUUAACCAAUUUUACGACAUUUUCAGCGAGGUUCCACUUUUUUAAUCUUCUGGAAAACCAUGUACAUUCAUUGUCAAUAUGGUUAGAUACAGUAAAUCAAGAUAUGUAUUUUGCGAAGUGAGGAUACGUUCUGAUGUUUUGGGGGUUCUUUCAACAUGUUAAAAGGGUAUAGUCUGUGCUAGGUUAGGUCAGAUACAUACAUGCCGAGCAACAGAGAUGUAAAAAAUGAGUUAAAAACACGUUUCUGUUUAUGUUUAAAUGUAAAUCUUCCCCGAUUCGGUCUGAAUUUUGAAGAAAUGUAUUAAUGUCUUGAUAAGCUAUUUCUUCACAGGGGUUACACUUGUUAAAAUGCUCUAGUUCACAACAGACCACGUGGAAAUGUCAAUGGGGUGCAUUAUUUUCACCAACACAAAAUCUAAGACAUUUAGAAGUAUAAUGAAAAUAUUUUGUCUCUCAUGAGUGCUCCCAUGAUAUAUGAUAUUCUUUAAUUUAAAUUUGCCAUCUCUAAUUGGAAAACCAUACAAUUCAUUUUCAUGUUAUCACGUUGAAAGGUGUUUAAUAAUCGUGUAUAUACUUUUAAAAUUGUAUUACCUUCAUCAAUUUCAAAUUCAAUGUUUUUAACAGUGUCUUAGCAGGGUUUACAUUCGCUGUAAAAAUUAUUUGUAACUUAAAAACAAACUAAGUUUGAACAUGGUUUCAUUUUUCAUCAGAAGGUGUACUUCCAUCUGUUACUUUGAAAAGGACCAUUAUGACCGUUUUGAAUGUUGAUUGACGAUGUUUUUUUCUAACGAGAAUCAUUACACAAUGUAGAAAAGUAGUUAGGUGUGCCCUUUAUUGGGAGAUAGUAAGGAUGGUAAGUCCAUAAAUCCCUUCAGUCAGCUCUUAGAGUUUUAUUUGUAUAUUCAUCUUUUAAAUCUACAACAAGAAUGAAGGGAGCCUAUCCUUUAUUCGCCUAUUUCAAGUGAGUUGUGUGCUUUCAGUUAUGAUCAGCUUGACUUUAUUUAAUUAUUUUUUUUAUUAGUGCUAGACUAAAACAUUCCAGCAAAAGAUUAUUGCCUUCUCUCAAAAUGCAUCCCAAAAGGAGAGAGAUUCCAUCACAAGGAAAGAUUCUUCUUCUUAACUUAUCUGAACGUAUUCCUCUGUAGAUGUAUGUUGAUGAUAUAUUUAUAAUUUUCUAUAAAGGAUUCAGGGUUUUGGACUUUUUAAAAGUGUAUUCUUAAUAGCAGUGCCAUUAUUACAAUAUAUCCCUUUUAUGGUCGAUACCAACAAAUAUUGCUUCUUUGCAUUCCAAGGUAGUGUAAAAGCGUUGAUAAUAGUAAUAAUGAUAAUAAAAAAGAGUUUGAUAAGUCGGUCUCGGUUAAGGCAAAGAUAUGUUUGCUUUAUCGAUACUGGGGCGAUGGUAUUCACUUAUAAAGCUUUAUACAUGUAUAGUUCAAAAUGAAAGAUAGAAUUUAAAAAAUAGAUUGACACCCGCCAUGUUCGUAAUCUCUAAGCAUACUUUGUCUUAUUUUGUAUUCUUUAAUUCAACAGUUCCAGGAGUUUAUAACACUUUUAGAAGAUCGUCAUUUUCCAUUAAAAAAAAUAAAUCGAUAUUCUGGCAAAAAUUUUCGUUAAAAAAGAGAUUCAUAUGAAGUACAUGUAACUAGAAAUGUAUGACACGGCACUCAACGAAGUGUCAUAUCGGUACAUUUUCUAUCAUUGUGUUGCAGCGUCAAUCUCAUUUGAACCACGCCCUCUACGUUAAAGAAUCACUGACUUUGGCACUCGGUUGGAGUACUGGUAUAUACCAUCCGGAAAUAUUCGAGUAUGGGAGGCGAACAUGACUUAACCCAUUGAAUGCUAUCGACUUUCGUGCUAGCGCCUUGUGGGCAUUUUUUGCAAUGGUACCUCAGGGUUGUACUGGUUAAUGGAGAUAGUCCAAAGUCAGUUCAAGAGAGCUCACCAAGACCUGUGUAAUGAGCACAUGAAAGGUAACUGGUUUUACUAUUACAGUGAUAUUAGAAGUGAAACCUUUGAAACAGCUGACUGCCUGCAUGUAACAAUUUCAAGUUUGUCUUUCCAAAACGAGAAGGGUUCCAUAAAAAUAUCAGUCUUUAUUAUUUCAGAUCUUUGAUCACAAAGGGUAAAGAUAUACCUUUGAUCUUAGACCUCUCAUCUGACACGACAUUUUUUUAUUUUUGUUCACCAUAAACACUGUGUGACUUCGAUUUAAUUUUUGGUAGAACAAAUUUCAAAGAUAAGCUGCAAUGUUCAUGAUAAUCAUCAACAGUAUCAUAUAUUUUUUACUGGCAAAAUAAGUCUUAUUCUAUGACUUAUAUUAGAUUAAAAGAAAUAGUGUGAACAAUAGGAAAUGUUCUAAUAGGAUAUCACAAGUUAAACAACGUGUCUUUUGAUAAACGCUACUAAAGAGAGGGUCAAAGUUGUCGCUGAUAAAAAAACAUAAAAGAAAUUGAAUUUUAAAAUUUUGUAUCCACCCGAAUAUUCCUUAUAUUUCUUAUUCUUAAACAAAAAACGAAGCGAACACAAGAAAAUUACGCAGCAUAAGUUUGCAGUUUAUAAAAACUAUGCUAUUUUAAAAACCAUCUAAUGAGCUCUCUUAAAGCAUUGUCAUAGGCGAUAUAAUCAUUAAUUUAAAGUCAUUCAUUCCUCAAUUGUGCAUAUCAUCCGUUUGUAUUGUUUGUAUUCCGAUAAAAUAGAUGUUGUCGUAUAAUAUGUUUAUGACACUUUAUGACAUCCACUAACAACAUGAACAAUACAUCCUUCUAAAAAUUAUCAGGUUUGUGUGAUUGCGAAUAAUACUUUAUUCAUCACACCAUUCCAAAAGUUAUACUCAUCGUGUUAAAGAUAAAACAUUCCAUUACUAAUCCAUCGCAUACCAAGAAAAAUUAUAUAUUCUUUGUUUGGCUAAAAUAUAACCACUCGUGUUGAUUUUAUCUCAGAAAGAGACGUAUGGUAAGAUGACAUAAUAUUCAUCCAUCCCGCGUGUAGUAAUCUAAAUAAUUAUUGAAUAAUUAGAUGGGUCCAAACUCUGAACAUCCAUCGUUGCAACGAAAUCAGAAUCGUUACAAUGUAGAAUUCACAGAUAGAGUUAGACGUGUUGUUUGAUUGUUUUCACGAAGAUUCAGCCUAUAAUUAUACGCACUGCUAUAAGAAGGUAAUAAACCAUACUUAAGUACAACUAUGGAGCUAUCUCAUGCUACGAUAUAAAUGUUGUUUAAUAUCAGAAAUACUUAUUUCAUAAGCAUUGUUUUGCAUUCAUUCAUUUAUUCUGAUAGAAAUUCCCAUCUCAUCUUUCACGGAAUCGAAUGCAAUACAAUUUUUAUUGUCAGUAAAAGGAUUGUAUUUAUAUCUCAUUUUGUAAGUUCGUGCCAAGUUAGAUGUAUCAAAAUUAUCAUUUUCGAAAUAGUUGUAUUAUCUUGUACUUGUUCUAUCAACUAAUUUCUUUCUUUUAAUCUUGCAAGUCUUUCAAAUUUGAAAAUCAUAAAAAUUGCAUCAUGCUGUAAAAUAGUUUCAAACUUUAUGUUAAGGUGCUGUAUAAUGUUUGCUGUUAAGGGACGCAUAAUUAGAGACUGGAAGUUUAAAAAAAUGACUUGCUAUAUGAGCAAAAAACAAACUUGACUCAUCGUCAAAG